AUGAAUUACGCUGUAUUGAGCGACCGGCAGCGGUCGGAGCUCAACAAAGCUGUGAUUCAGUAUUUGGAUGGUAUCAUUAAUGAUUCGGCAGUCGUCAGCGAGCUUCGCUCAAGGCUGGGCGUUCCGGCACAUGAGAAUUCAGAUACGUUACCCAAUAACUACCUGGAGAAGAAAUGGGCUACCGUUGUUCGACUCCAGAAGCGAAUAUACGACAUGGAGAAGGAAAUCAGGGAGUACAAGGAGCUGGUAGAUAACUACUCAGAAUUACUGGAGGCAGCAGGCGGCAUGGAUAUCAGAAGAGACAAGUUGGAAUGGAUCCCUAGCAGAGUGAAGGCGGUGUUGAAAUUGCACAAGGGAUCUGUUACUUGUGUCUCAAUACACCCUUUUGAGCCGGUGGUGGUUACUGGCUCUCAAGAUGGUACAAUUGCGUUCUGGAACCUGCUCGACCUAACUGAACCUGAGCGUGUGAUCAGAAAUGCUCAUACACGGACUAUCAAUGCAUUGGAGUUUCAAAGCAGAGAAAAUACGGUCGAUUCAACGAAAAUGGUUCUUCUUGCGUCAUGCUCGUCAGACCUGCUCAUAAAGCUAUGGGACAGCAAGACAGGCCAACUAGUACGGGUGCUCACAGGCCAUGACCACUUGGUUUCUGGGCUGAAGUUUAAUCCGGCAGAUGAAAUGCAGCUGGUCAGCUGCUCGAGAGACCAGUCUGUUAAAAUCUGGGACGUGGUUUCCGGGUGGUGUUUAAGAACCAUAAAGGGGCAUUCUGACUGGGUUAGGAAGGUUGACGUUAGUUCAAAUGGGGAGUAUAUUUUGAGUUGUUCGAAUGACCAGUCUGUGAGACUUGCUCAUUUUGCCACUGGGGCGGGCAUUUCCCUAUGUUUGGGGAGUGAGCAAGUCAUUGAGGACUCAAUUUUCCUACCUGCAGAAACCAACAAGUAUAUCGAUCCUUUACUGGAUAUCAAUGACGAGACAUACGACGUCCUGGGAUACAAGUACUGUGUUAGUGGAGGACGAGAUUGUAUGUUACGGAUAUGGAAGCUCAGAGUUCCAGAUUUAACGAAUCCAGAACGACCUUGUCCAUCUUCUAACCCCAAAGCUGUGCUUCUUCACGAAUUCAAAGCACACAGCUCUUGGAUACGAUCUUUUUCCAUGCAUCCUAACGGUUACUACCUUGCAUCAUGUGGGGACGACAAACUCAUCAAGGUAUGGGACUUCCGUACAUUGGCAUCAAGCGGGCAACUGGGUCCUGUCGCGCAACUUCGCGGCCACGAGAAUUUUGUGAAUGUCAUCGCAUUUGCCGCUCCAGUGGUAUCCGAGACAUCAUCAACAAACGACAAAAUCAAGAACAGGAAGCUACUCGAAGGUGGCAUCCGCUGCUACCUCGUGAGCGGGUCAGCAGACAACACAGCAAGAGUGUGGAUAUAAUUGCGCGACUAAGAAAUAUACACUUUAAUAUCGUUCCAAUAACAAAUCGCACACCGUUUGGAACAGAAAAUUCGCUUCACGGGGAUCUCUAUCGCAUCUUUGAAAUCCCACCAUUCCAUCAGUUCUGCAACGCUUUCCACACAAGUGUUCUCACAAUAUCCACAAGUCACUCCGUUGUUUCCGUGAAUCAGCGCCUUGAUGGCCAGCUUGUACACUCGUUCGUGUACCGUGUCUUUCCAUUUCAAAAGUUCUGACUGAGAAAUCAGAUAGUUCGAUAUCUUCCGCAGCGAUAGCUCGACCAGCGUAGGGGUCCACUGGUGCUUUUCCAUGAGAUGAGAUUGCUCAGAGUUGAACGGCGAAAAAUCGGUUUCUUGAAGAACGGAUAGAUUCCUUACAAGCGAAAUGGCAUUCAAGGCGGCUUUGGAAACCUGUUUGUUCUUCGAAGUCCAAUGUAGUUGGCCCAUAUGUUUGAGGGUCGAGUCCGGAUAUGGAGACCUGUAGCCAUUUACCUCACGCGUAUUUUCGCUGGAAGAAUGUUCAAUUAGCGGGUUGGGCCUGAUUCUCAAGGUGUGUAGGUUCUCUAGUUUUAGGAUAUUAUGGGGCAGAAACUUGAUUUUGUUGUUGGAUAAGUUGAGGCUUUUCAGAUUGGUCGAUUUCUCUAUGAGCCCUGGAACUCUUGCUAUUUUGUUAUUGCGCAGAGAGAGCACUUCUAGACCAUUAAUAUCAAAGAUUUUGGGAUUGAGCGACCUGAGUUGGUUUUUAGAGGCAUGAAUGUGCAAAACUGGCUUAAUGAUCCCGUCUGGCCCAUAUAGAACAAGGUCUUUGAAAUCUGCUAGUUGCUCUGGUAGCGAGUUCAAUCCGAGCUCCUCUAGCUCCAAAUUGUAUACCCUGCUAGCAUGAUCGAUUUCUUGAUCAAAUAAGGCGGUGAUGAUUUCCGAGGCAGCUUUGCUUGCCGUUUCAGUGUUCUUGACAACAAAAAACAUGGGGUCGUCGUAUAAACUAGGCCGAUAGCCUUCAGGAAAUGUUGAGUCCCAAAGCUGCACACCGUAGACUCUUCCGUCACGGUCCAAAGCCAAUUGCUCCUCAUUGUUCAGCACACGUUGCCGCUUUCUGGUAGGUUCUGGUGCUAUUGAAGAGGACGUGCGUUCCGCACAGAUUUUUGGCGGAGUGUCCACUAAAGUAGCCUGUGACUGAGAAAUCAUCGGCGGAGAUGACGGGAUGGCAUCCAACGUGGUGUUAUUUGUCAAGUAGGAGUUGUCAAGCUCGGUAUCAUUAAUGUACUGCAAGUGUGGAGAGCUUGUUGUAGGCUGCCUGUCAAAGUGUGGAGUAUAGGACGAGCUGGAAAAAGAUAUCAGAUCAGACGUGCCUGAGCUCGCAUGGCUCCUCAGGAAACCUGAAAAUUGGUGAUUGCGCACAUUUUCAUCAUCUAUAGCCAUGUCAUCAUCGCUGGAAUAAGCAGCAGUACGCUUCCGAGCCAAUGGAGGUCUUGACUCCAUGGUUAGUUU